AUGCAGCCUAGUGUGGCACUAGAAGCACCAAACCAAACCAUUUCAGCAAAGAAGGAGGUGACUCCUUUAUCUGUACCCUCUACAAACAUUCAUCCCCCAAGUCCCAGCAUUGUGAAUGCUUAUGGCCCUGAACUCCAUAAGACUUCUAAUAUCGAGAAAUCUGGAGGGACUGGUGCAGAUGCAUCAUGGGAUUCUCAGCCUCAUGACCUCCAACAGAUAUGUCUGGGUGUCUCUGAUUCUUCUUGGGCAUCCAAUCCCUCUGACAUAGGUAAAUUUAUACGCCUAUAUUCCUUACCUGGAGAGGAUCACCCCAGCAGCCUAGAUGAGUACCUCUUCCCCAGGUGCCCUAAUUGAGGGAAUAUGGCUGGGAUUGAUCUUUAGUGUGGUUCAAAAUACAUCCACAGCUCUUGAAAAAGGUUUGUGAUUCAAAUCUUAUCAAACCGAGAAACAUUUCCAAAUAUUUUAAUGGGUCAACUCCAAUUUAAACAGACCAGUUACUUAUCUUUAUCUAUAAUAAGAAAUACCUCUACAUUUUUUUUAAAUCCUCAUCUGAGGAUAUUUUUGCAUUGUUUUUUUAGAGAGACUGGAAGAGAGAGGGAAAGACAGAGAAAUAUCAAUGUGAAAAAACACACAUUGAUUGGUUGCCUCCUGCACGAGAUCCAACCAGGGCCCGGCUAGGAGGAGCCUGCAACCAAGGUACUUGCCCUUGAUUGGAAUCGAAGCAGGGACCCUUUGGUCUGCAGGCUGAUGCUCUAUCCACUGAGCCAAACCAG